GUUCACUGUACUUCGCACCAAAACGGAACAAUUAGUGGAAAAUGAGUAGUGUUGCGUCGCUCGGGGCGCCUGCUUUUAUGACAACAUACCUACUCUUCGUGGUGGGAUGCGUCGCGCAGAAAGUGUAUUUUGACUGUGGUGCCAAGGUGGAUGUGGUAGAUGCCCAAGGCCUUAUUCUUUCACCUGGAUUCCCAUACAACUACUCCUCUGGGACUCAUUGUGUUUGGCAGUUCUUUGUGCCCGUUGACUACCAGCUUGUUCUGGAGAUAUUUGACUUUGACGUAUUUGAAAGCCAUGAUGCUGCCAGUCAGUACACGAAUAUGGCUAAUUUUGAUGAGGAAGAUACAGAUGAAGAAGUGAUGUUUAGCCAAGGGAGCUCAUUCGCGGAUGAAACGUCAAAAGAGGUGAUGCAACAACGUGAAAGGGAUGUCACUAAGAAUCAGCAGCUUUUCCGAGGUGAACAAGUCAAGCAGGUAGUUGUCCAAGAGCAGUCUACUAAAAUGGAGCUCACGAAAGUUUCAAAUUCUGCCAAAAGAUCUACUGAUUUAAGUUCAAACUCUGCACCCCCACCAUCUCUUGUUGUAAUACCUGAUAGUCUAUCUCCUAACAGCAAACCCUCAAACGCUCCAGUGACAACAAUGGAAACUACAACAAUUUUAUCAACCCUUUUCACCGAAACUUCAUCCAUCACUCCAGAAACACAGCAGUCCAUCCUGGAUGCUUGCCCCCACGAUGUCUUGUACAUUUCGGAUCUUAUUACUUUCUCCUCUCGGUUCUGUGGCUCAAACAGGCCUCCGAGCAGCCAGUUGGUUUUCGGCUCAAAUCAGGAAAUGGUGGAAGUUAUUAUGGAGUUGAUCACAACAACGCACUGGGGUCGUGGUUUUGCUCUGCUCUUUCAUUAUCACAACCGGACGGAACCAGCGGGCACGAGGAGGAAUGUGGCGUUCGCAUCCAACAAGGUGGACUCUAUGCUGGCUGCUGUGAGCGGAGCGGCGUUCCUGGCUAUGAUCCUGACCAGUGCCCUUUGCAUCAUAUUCAGACCCAAAUUGUGUCCAAAAAGAGCCAAUUCCAGUACAUCUAACAGCCCUGAGGUACCAGAGGGAGUCCCUAACGUUGUGUCUGAGGUGAGUGAACUGCAGCUGAUCACAGAGAAUCAGACCAACCUGGAGACCACCAGAGCACAAAAAAACAAGAAGGACACCUCACCACACACAGUCAAUGCGGGUGGAGACCUGUCCCAGAGCACAGAGGUGGAUCUUUCCAGUGGUCUGACAGAGCUCGAACUUGGACCAGACGAAGUGUUCCUCACAUCUCCAGCACUCAGCGCCGUCAGCGGCCGUCUCCCACUCACUCCAUAUACACAGCGUGAGAGGUUUCUUCGCCUCAGUGACACCGGUCCGGGCCCUUCUGGAGACUGGCCCUCUCCAGACUCGUCUGGGACCAGGUCUAAAUCUGGGAGCGGCUCCAGACCCAGAGCCUGGAGCGUACGCACCUUUCAGGACUUCCUGCCUCCUCUGCCACAACUGCACAAGAAGUGGUGCAGCUGGAACUCAACCAGUCCCUUUACAAAGCUGGUGGACACAGCUACAUCCAGCCUGGCUGCAGAUGGCAGAGGAAACAAUGGCCGGGAGGUAUUUUCCGAAGUGAAUUUGGCAAAAGGAGGCACGAGCACCAUCUCUGACUCCUCCAUUAGCAACGCCUCUUAUCCUCUCACUCAACCCGCCCAAAGACAGCGCCGUCUCAACUCAACCAGCAACCUGCGGCGCUCCCGAUUCACUGGCCCCUGUUUCGGCAUGCUCUCUGGGACAACUGACCCAACAAAGGCUUCUACAGCUCAGGUUCCCACCUCUGAGCCUGUGCCUGGUUCUGUUUCAUCCACCAUAGAGAGCAGCCAGCCGGGGAAGAAGCGAGGGGAGAUCCAAGCUGAAGGGGAGCAUGUGAGUGUACAGGUUUUUGCCAUUUCGGAAGAGGAAGACCGGCAGCCGUUGGUCCCAGCAGAGCACUUGGACCACCCAGCAGCCCCCCAAGCGCUGAAUGGACUUGUGAGAGGGGUCUAUGAGGGGAAAAGGUCAACUGGAGGUAGUCCCAAGAGCCAGAGGGCAAGAGGAGAGUGGAGGCCGUGGGGUAGCCAGGCAUCGGGAGGGGUUAUAGCAGGCUCCAAAACGCCCCACACGAUUUGUGACAGCCAGGUGCCAAUCAGCCCGUCAACAGCUCUGUGCAGUGUGGUCAAUCAGAUGUGACCAAUUGAAGAAUUUUAUAAAGACUUGGACUUUGUGUUAGUUCCACUUAAUGACAUAAUGGCUUAAUUUCUUAAGUAUAUUUUCACCUGACUGUAGAUUGUAGCUUGUUGGAAAUACAGUACUGCGCAAGAGUUAUUUUUGUUUUGUUUUUAAAGGUUGAGAUCAAAAUGAAUCAAUGUGAAGUUGUAUAAAAGAAGGUGAUAUUUCACGCAAAAAGCCAUAAAUUGAAUAUAUUAAGUAAGUGCCAAAAAUAUCAUGAUGUCUAACUGUAAAGAAUCAAGUCAUUGGUUCGGUUGAGUUGAGAGAGCAUUCCUGACUAAUAUGUCAAAAUCAUAAAAUCCUUAUCCUGGAUGAGGGACUACACAGACAGAAAAUUCUUAAAAAUGUGUGUCCUUUCUAAUCACUAGAUUUCUAUUAAGCUGUAUUUGAAUGAGGAAAAGAAUAUGCCAAGGUCCUGACUGCCACUGUAGAGAAUAUGAAAAUAGAUUUUUUUUUUCCUACUGCCCAACGGUUAGCAGCAUUUCAAAGUAAGACAGCAGCUAUUGCACUUUGACGCUCAGUUAUAUCUUUGGAUUUUGCUCACACCUUUUGUGGAACAUAUGUAGAUUUGUACUUUAAAUUACUGUGUUACGGAACAGUGUUACAGAAUAGAUUAAAUAAAUGUUACAGCCUUGUGUAUAUAUAUAUAUAUAUAUAUAUAUAU